AUGCGCCUCUUGACAAUUUAUAUUGCUGAGGCGCAUGCACGAGACCAAUGGCCAGCUGGAAAGACCAUCUCAUGUGUUGAUCAACCAACAACAUUGGAGCAACGACGAAUCAACGCGCGAAAUUUUCGAGAAAAAUACCACUUCGAAAUGCCAAUGCUUGUUGAUAGUAUGGACAAUACAUUUCAUACCACAUACGGAUCAUGGCCAUUUCGCUUCUAUGUAAUCGAUGAAGGAAAAUUAGUAUUAAAAGCUGAACCCGGUGAAACGACUUUUGCGUACGAUAUGGACGAGUUGGAUUAUUGGAUUGAAAAUUACUAUCAAAAGAAAGGAAUCGAACGAAGAUCUUAA